CGACAUGGAGAAAAGAAGGGGAAAAAAAGAAAAAAAAAUUAUACGACCCAAGCUCCAGGCUCCAAUUCAAGCAUUUCGAGGUGGACAUCAAGAAAAAGUCGCCGCCUAUUUGCAAUACAAAAUCACUCCUAUUUUCUUAUUGACAAUCUCAUUUUCUACUUUUGCAUAGAAAGCAAGGGGACUCGAACCUUUCCCUACGCCGCUCCCCGCCAUGGCUAAACGUCGUGUCAAGAAGCGCACCCACCUCGGGGCCCAAAACCCCAAGACGGCGGCCGCGGGCCACGCUGAUAUGCGCGACCCCAAGUCCAUGGUGAUUCGGAUUGGAGCUGGCGAGGUCGGCACGAGUGUCAGUCAACUGGCCGCCGAUGUCCGCAAGGUCAUGGAACCCGGCACGGCCAGCCGCCUCAAGGAACGCCGCUCGAAUCGCCUCAAGGACUACGUCGUCAUGGCUGGCCCCUUGGGCGUCACACACAUGAUGCUCUUCUCACGGUCGAGCAGCGGCAACACCAACAUGCGUAUCGCCGUCACUCCUCGAGGACCCACCAUGCACUUUCGCGUCGAGAAGUAUUCCCUCUGCAAGGACGUGCAACAUGCUCAACGCCGGCCCAAGGGCCUGGGCAACGAUGCUGUCACCCCUCCUCUGCUGGUCAUGAACAACUUCUCCGCCCCAGGAUCGGAUGCCAAGAGUCCUGUGCCUAAGCAUCUCGAAUCGCUCGCGACAACCGUUUUCCAAUCCAUCUUCCCCCCCAUCAACCCGCAAACCACCUCGCUCAAGUCGAUCCGCCGCGUCCUCCUGCUGAACCGCGAACUCGCCCCCGAGAACGACGGCUCCUUCGUCCUCAACUUCCGCCACUUCGCCAUCACCACGCGGGCCGCGGGCAUCUCCCGGCCUCUCAAGCGGCUCCACACCGCCGAAAAACUCGUUGCCGGUGGUCCCAGAGCCAGGGCCGGCUCGGCGGCGACGACGGGCGCUAAGAAGGGCGCCAUCCCGAACCUGGGCAAGCUCGAGGACAUCGCCGACUUUAUGAUCGGCAACGACGGGGCCGGGUACAUGACGGACGCCACGAGCGGGAGUGAGGUCGAUACGGACGCCGAGAUCGAGGUGCUCGAGCGGACGACCAAGAAGCUGCCCUCGCGCAGGUCCAGGCACGCGGCGGGCGCCGGCGCCGAGGCGGGGAUAGGAGGAGGAGGAGGCGACGGCCAUCAUGGCGACGACGAGGACGGGGACGAGGGCGUGGAGAGGCGGGCGGUGAAGCUGGUGGAGCUGGGACCGCGGAUACUGCUGCGGCUGACCAAAGUGGAGGAAGGGCUGUGCGCGGGCAAGCCGCUGUGGCACGAGUAUGUGCAGAAGUCGCGGGCGGAGGAGAAGGAGCUGGACGAGCGGUGGGAGACGCGGAGGCGGGAGAAGGAGGCGCGGCGGCAGGAGCAGAAGCAGAAUUUGGAGAAGAAACGGGCGGCUGGCAAAGGGCAGAAGGGACAGGGCCAGGGCGAGAACGUGGAAGGGGAAGGGGACAGCGACGAGGAGAUGGAUGACGAAUACGACUACGACUACGACAAUGGCUACGAUAGCGAGGGACUUGGUGCUGAUGGGGAGAUGCUGCUCAACGAGGAGGCCGAUGACAAGGGAGAAUGGGAAGACGAGGAGGAGGAGAUAGCUAACGGUUGAGGGGAGGGAUUUUCACAGGUUGAUGUGUUUGUUGCUACAAAUAGGCAGCAUGUCUUUUUUUUUCUUCCUUUCCUAUUUUAACCUUGGUGCUGUCCGAAUAACCGUAACUGAACGACUUUUAUUUUUCCUGGCCUACGGGGGGGAAUAUAUCCUUGAAACCAAAUCGAGACCGCCGUUAGGUAGAACCGGAGUCGUUAUUCCUUCUCGUCAACUAGUCUAAAUAUGAAAUCCC